CUAGAUUCUAGGUAUGCAGUGCAAUGCAAAUUAUGUGCAGCUUGACCAGCAUUUGACUCAGAUCUGCAAUGGCCCAUCCCGCUACGCCAAAGAAGGGCAACUCGGAUCCUCCACUGAGAACGUUCACCCUUGCUUUUGUCUUCCAUCUUACUCUGUUCUGCGUUUAUCUAUACGGCUAUCUGUGGCAUUUCAGCGACGGCGCAAAGCAACUUCCAGGAUCACAUGGAUUUGGCUGGUUCUACCGAUACCUCACGUUCUGGGGCUUCUCCAUCCAGCUCGUGACUUGGGCCUUUUCUCUGCUGACUCACUUGUUCCCCAGGUGGAAGGAUGCAAAGCGGAUCAGCGAUCUGCUUGCGUCCAGCGUGUUUGGCAUCGCUAACAUCAUCACAGUGCUGCACUGGACACUGUUUGUGUUGAUCCAGGGGAACCCUGUAGAAGGAGAGCUCGUCGAUCGACCGGUCGCCCUGGGUAUUUUGGUGCACGCAGUAAAUGCACUUUCCGCCUGGCUCGAUGUCAAAAUCGGAGAGCGGACUUUCAGGUAUCCAAGCCUGCGAGUCUCAUUUGGCAUCGCCACAGCCUACUGCGCAUUCAUUCUGUGGUGCAAGUUCGAGACAGGGAUAUUCCCGUACCCAUUUCUGAACACGUGGCCCCAACCAGAAGCGUUCCUGGUGUUGCUGGCCGUAUCAAUGGUGUUGAUCUACGUUUUCCAUAAGAUAGGCGCCGCGUACGCUGCCAGCGGGCAGAGCAAGGUUGCAAAAAGAGUCAAAAGUACGCUAGGGAAAGUAUCGUAGAGCAGACUUUGAAGUAAGGUGGCGUCAAUCAAGAGGGUAGCUUUAUUUCAGAGUCCUAGACAUUAGGAAUGCUAGCUAGGGCAUCUGUAGACAAGAAUCCGCUCUAGUCAGACUCCUUUGAUUCGAAAGCAUGUCACACACCAGAAUUGAAUUACGGUAUGAACAUGGCGGCUAGGCAAAAGGUAGUGCUGCGCCAUAUUGCACGUACAUUGAAAGGUCAACCGAACAGGGGCCAUGGGCAAGCUGCUCAGGCUAGCUAGCUAUAAAUCAACAACUGCAGCUCGGGGCCUUGCUGCACCGCUACGUGCCCGGGCAAUGCUAGCUAUUGUUGAUCGAGUUAAAAGUUCCGAACCCUUUAAUUCUACGUUGUCGUGAAGUAAUCCCCAUGCAAGUUUUGAACAUCGACGC